AUGGUUUUCUCCUAUCAGUUUUAUUUGAAUCUUUCUGUUUUCGUAGAACGUUCCCAAGUACCAGUAUCAGCUCUUGUGUGUGUACGUCCUCCAUCAAUCCGUUUGAAUGAUCGUCAUUCUCAAUAUCUUCAUGUAUGUGAUCAAUACCAACAAAUAAUUAUUGAAAAUAAUAAUAAUAAUCCAAAAGAAGAAAUGAUCAAAAAUAGUCGAAACAUGCUAUCAAAUGAUUUGAAUGAAGAUGAAAAUUGUCAAAUUUGUGGAGAUUUAGCAUCUGGAUGGCAUUGUGGAGCAAUAACAUGUGAAGCAUGCAAAAAAUUUUUUUUACGUUCAAUUUCAACAUGUGAUGGAAAGAAAAAAUAUAAAUGUCAAAGAGAUUCAAGAUGUUCAAUAACAAAGCGUUCUAGAACUCAAUGUCAAUAUUGUAGAUUUCAAAAAUGUAUUACUAUUGGAAUGAAAGCUCAUAGAUCAAAGACAGAAGACUUAUAUAAAAAAUUACCGUGUGUUAUUUGUAAUGCAUCUGCAUCAGGUCUUCAUUUUGGUGCUGUUACAUGUGAAGCUUGUAAAGGUUUUUUUCGUCGAUCAAUAAAAGAAAAUGCAACUGAACGAUAUCAUUGUGCGGAAAAUAAUAAUUGCGAAAUAGUUUCAACAUCAAAAAUAAUUUGUAGAGCAUGUAGAUUUCGAAAAUGUAUUGAAGCUGGAAUGUCUAUGAAUGCUUCUCGAAUUGGUCGACAAUCAAAUCUUUUUAAAGAAAGUAUUCGACAAUUACAAAGUAAUUCAACAACUAUGGCUACUGUGACAGAUUCAGCUCGUAUUGCAUCGAUGGCUAAAAAAAGAAAGACUAAAACUAAAAUUGAAAAAAUAUUUGCAUCAAACAAUGAAAUCGAUAUUGAACUUUCACCCACAAUAAAAGAAUUUAUUGAAAGAGUUUAUAAUGCAUAUCUAAUCUAUUUAAAGGAUUUACCUCGAUGCAGUCCACGUGACACAGUUUGGUCGACAAUGGCAUCACAAAUGAUUAUUUAUGCUCAAGCACUUAUGAAUUUUUGUCAAAAAACAAUACCGGGCUUUACAAAUAUGUCUCAGAAGUUUGAAAUCAUAUCAUCAUCUAUUAAUUCUGUUAUUAUGGUAACAUUAUUACCGGAAAAAACAUUAAUAAAAACUUCCUUUGAAAAUAUUCAAUCAACAUGGAAUUAUUGGCAAGCCGAAUCAACACUAUCAAUGGAAUUAAAUGCACAUGUUCCACAAUUAACACAAGCAGAAAAUUUAUUUCGGUCAUUUGAAUCUACAUUACGAGAUCUUCACUUAGAUGAAAAAGAAUUUGCUCUUCUUUUAUUAAUGAUUAUUACUCGACAUAGUAAGUUUUCAUUAGACAGACAAAAACAAAAAGUUGUACUUUUUCAAUUACAAGACUUAACUUUAAUUAAUGAAGAUAAUAAAUUAUGGUCAAAAUGUCAAUAUGAAUGUGUUCAAGCAUUUUCUGAAUAUACUCAAGCUCGUCGAUUGAAUAUCAAUGGAGAACUCUCAAUUGAAUUUUAUGAUAUUGUUUUUUUGGUUUCUCAACUUCGUUCAUUUAACCGUAGUAUAACUCAAUGUUUUAUGAAUCUUCCAUGGCCAUAUGUACGAAAUUUACCUUCAUUUUUUUAUCGUAUUUUUUUACCAACUAUUACAAAUAUUUCAUCAAUAUUAAAUAGUAAUUACGAUCCAUUAUCAUUGUCGCCCGUGAAGUCAUCAUUAAAUAGUAUUAAUCGUCAUGAUAUCGAGUUAUUUAGUGAUUCUUUAAAUAGUAAUUCAAUUGAUAUUAAUAUGUGUUAUGAUCUGUAUUGGAAACACUAG